AUGAGACUCGCACCAGGCUCACAACCCGCAGUGCGCAGCAGCAUAGCGAACGAGUAUAAUAUGCCGUGUCCUGCGAUCGGCCUGGCAUCGUCUGAGACUGACAGCACAAUGGAUCCUAACACUGACAUUCGAGACGCUACGCAGACCGCAUUUCCGGUCGAGAAGGGCGCGUCGGCCCCGCUCUUGCCUGCUCCUUGCACCACAGCUGUAUACUGUGUUAACUCACCGUCUGGUCUGCGGCCUUUGCCAAAGCGAUCAGGUUUCAAGCGCUUCCUGCGAGCCUUUCUUUUCAUUUCUGUGGCAAUUAUCCUGUUCGGCCACCUUGCGAAGCUAGUGCCACAUGUCGCUCGCAUGUUCCACGAUAGGAGACACCACCUGGGCCCCGACAUGCCUCCAGCAGACGUCCCCGAGCAUUGUGUGCGCGACGCAAACUGGUCCAUCGAUGAGGACUUCCACCGCCAUCCCGACCAUCUGGGACACCCUCUGCAUAUCGCGACGACCUCGUUCGAGCUGCCGGUCUCAUCAGACGUGCUGUAUCUCGUCUCCCACGGGAGUCCGUCCUUUGCGAGCGGUUCUGUUGAGAUCACUGACGAAGGGAGCGUCGGCUCUGAUGUUGCGGGUGUUGAAAUCACCGCUUUCUUCCAGCAUGAGCACGGGUUUGCCUUGACAAGGGUCUGUGUCCUGCAGCCUGCGGAGGGGGUGAACGGCGUCGGUAUAUUCGCACCUACUUUUACUCGCUGGCGGCACCAACAAGUCCGAUUUGAGAUCAAGGUUAAGCUGCCCGCCGCACCCGUCGGCUCCCCUCUCUUCAUCAACAAAUUUGAAACACAUUUGCCCUGGUUUGCACACCAUGUUGGGGACCUGAAGGAUAGCGUGUACUUCGGCAGAGUCUCCCUCCGCGGCGCGUUCAUGGGUAUCGACGUUUCCUCUCUGUUCGGAGAACACAUCGACGUCACGACGACCCUCAGCGCGAUCAAAGGCUCGUUCAACACCUCGUCCUACCUCACGCUGCGCACCUCCAAUGCGCCCAUCUCCGUCGAGGUCGGAAUGUUGAACGACCCUGAAGGAAACCACACCGUGGUCGAGAUGCACACCAGCAAUGGCCCAAUAAAUGCGAACAUCAAUCUCCUGUCCGCGGCAUCCUCCGGCACGGGCGGAAACUUCUCCGUCGACGCCCGCACGUCCAACAGCCCCGUGACGGUCGUAUACCCGCACGCCGCAGUCGACUCCGUGUUGCGCCUCGUCGCGCUAACGUCGAACUCGGCCGCACGCGCGGUUCUGCACCCAACAUUCGAGGGCGCGUUCGCGCUUGCGUCGUCGUUCCCGUUCACGCCUGCAGUCGACCGCAACACGGACGUGGUGGACCCCGCGGGGCGCGGGCGCCAGCGCAGCGUUGCGAUCACGCGUUCUGUGCUCGGUACGGUCGAGGGCGAGGCGCGCUGGGUGCCUGCGGAGGCGCGUGAGCUGGGAUAUGUGCGCUUGGGGACGUCGAAUUCGCCCGUGCAUCUAGUUGUGUGA